AUGGGUGUACCAGCGCUUUACAAAUGGUUAAACAAAAAAUAUCCAAAGGUUACUGAAGAUGCUAACAUCAACACUACGCCAACUGUGGAAUACGAUAAUCUUUAUCUUGAUAUGAACUCUAUUAUCCACCCAUGUUUUCAUCCCAACGAUGAUAACAUCAAUAGUUGUCCUCCAACAACAUUUAUGGAAGUGUUUGCAAAUAUGUUUGAUUACAUUGAUCACCUUGUUACCAUUGUUAAACCUCGCAAGCUUUUGUACAUGGCUAUCGAUGGAGUAGCACCACGAGCCAAAAUGAAUCAGCAAAGGACAAGACGCUUUAGAACUGCUAAAGAUGAUGAAAUGCGUCUGAGGAAGCUAUUUGAAAUGGAAGGAAAACAAGUUGUUCCUAAACAAGAAUGUGAAGUGUCAGAUUCUAAUAUAAUAACACCAGGAACUAAGUUCGUGCAUCAACUCUCAAAGGCUCUUAAAACCUAUAUUUCUUCAAGGAUAUCCUCUCAUUCAUUAUGGAAGGAUAUUAUUGUAAUUUUAUCUGAUGCCAAUGUUCCUGGAGAAGGGGAACAUAAGAUUAUGUCAUUCAUAAGAAAACAACGUGGCCUUCCUGAUUAUGAUCCGAACACUGUCCAUUGCUUAUAUGGCUCGGAUGCUGAUUUGAUAAUGCUUGGAUUGUCAAGCCAUUAG